UAAUAAUUAUUACACACAAAGUUGCUUUUACGAACAAAUCUUACUCAUACAUUGCUCAGUUAUGCCUAAAUACUUAUAGUUUGCUAAAUUUGCGAGCUAUCCGCUCAUGAAGAUUGACGUUAAUUAUUACUUUAAAAAGUGUAUCGUUCUGUGAUAUCGUUUUCCUCACGUGAUAUACAUCAAUAAAGUUUGUUUCGUCAAAGAAAAGAUGACGUGCGAAGUGUCAAAUUGUUGAAGAAACGACGCUGAUGAAAGAAGUUAAUCGCAUAAAAUAUUGCAUCCAGCUGGAUUUAACGUUCAUUCGGAAUUCUAUUUCAAACUGAGAUAAUUCAAUGUCAUGAAUUUAUUAAGUGGCAAUCUCUUCUUCUCGUGAUGUUUUAAAUAGUUCACUACUAACUUGGUAAACAAUUAAAUGCACAGUAGAAUCCUCAAAACAACAGUAAUAAAUGGGGAAAGUCAAAAAAAGGUCGAUAUUGCUGCAUAGCAAUCCUUCUCAGAAUGUGAUACGCAACCUUAUGUUAAGAGAUUUAGGUCUUCAUAGUAUAAACAAAACAAGUGCACGAGAACUUGAAUCUAUAGCGGAAACAAAUCUUGUUUUGAAGAGUCAUAGAGAGUUGAAAUGCGAUUUACCUGGGAUUCCUAGAGCUUCAUUUUUAAUGGUCUUUAGUCCUGAUGGGACUAAACUAGCAUCUACGCAUGGAAAUCACAAUGUAUAUAUUACAGAAGUUAAGACAGGAAAAAAUAUAAGAACACUUUCUGGUCAUCCACGUACACCAUGGUGUAUAGCUUUCCAUCCAUCUUCAAGUCAAAUAUUAGCUUCUGGUUGUCUCGGUGGUCAAGUUCGUGUAUGGGAUUUAAGUGGAGGUAGCGAAAUAUGGAAUGCUGUAAGUCAUACCGUUAUUGCAUCUCUUGCAUUUCAUCCAUCUGAACAGUUACUCGCAAUAGCAACUUUUAAUGAAAUUCAUUUUUGGGACUGGAGCAAAUCUGAACCUUUUGCAGUAGCUUCAACAGGAUCGGAUCAAGAAAAAGUGAGGUAUGUAGCAUUUGAUAAUCUUGGAAGAAAAUUAAUCACAGGUAUCGCUAAUAUUUUACCAUAUCGACCAAAGAAAGACCGUUCUCCUUUAGAACAACAUUACAGAACCCUUUUAAGGUAUAUUAUAAGAAAUCAACUGGAAGCCAUUCAAGAUCCUGAAGUAUUACCACGAUAUCAUUUAUGGGAUAAUACAUUUCGUCAAAUUAGAAUGAUGAAUAGUUAUACGAGAAGAAUAGAAAAUUUGAAUAAUGCAUCUGAUCUCAGAGCUGCUAGAAUGGCAAGAAAUCCUCCUAAUACAACAGACGUAUUACCUGAUCCAAGUAACAGACAUAGAAAUUCAUCUUCAUUAAGAAGAGUAUUUGAUGAAAUUAGACGAAACAUAUGCUCCGAGCAUGUAUAUAAUACAGAAAAUGUGCAGAAUGAAACUGUGGACGAUGAAAAUAGUGGAGAACAAUCUGAGAAUGGAUAUUGGCUUCUUGAAGAAAAUAGUAAUUCAGAUUCGAAUCUUGAUGAAGCGAGUACGAGUAAUGCUUCUAAUUCAAGAAGAUGGACUAGUCGCUGGAUUCAAUUAGACUCGUCUAAUAGAAAUAAUAAUAAUAAUAGUAAUAAUAAUAAUAAUAAUAAUAAUAAUCGUACAUCUUCGCUCGCUGAACGAACGCAUACAAGAUCUAGAUCCGAUGAAAUAAUUCAAAGGUAUUAUCAGAAUAGAAUUCAAAGGGAACAGAAUAGGCUUUCUAAUAGAAUUCAAAGGGAACAGAAUAGACUUUCUAAUAGAAAUCAAAUAACUCUGACAUCUGCUAAUUCUUUAAGCUACGAACAACCACCAUUAUAUCCAUUUAGAAGUUUACAAGAAAGUCAAUUUAGAAGAUUAAUACAACGUACAGUACCAGAAGCUAAUCCUUCUAGUAGUAGUUCAACUAAUCAUCAUCAACAACAACAACAACAACCUGUCAAUCCUUCUGCGAAUACGAGUAACGCAUCAAUGAAAAGAGAAUAUUCAAGCACAAGCAACAAUGCUAAUACGCAAGAAACAAAUAUACCUCGAAAAAAAGAAAGAACAGAAGGUGAACGUUCAACGGACAAUCAACAACAAUGUGAAAAUAAUGAAGCUGAAAAUCAAUUAAGAGGUGAUAAUGUUCGUUCUGAACGAUUAUUACAUCCAGAUACGGAGGAAAGAAUUAGAAGAUGGAGAUUAUCCGUUAAUCGGUCGGACCAAGAUGUCGGUCUUCAUCCUUUGGAGAUUAGACUUAGGAUACGUCUUCUUGGACGGCAGAUAGAUAAUAUGCAACGUUUAUGUAGAGCUAGAAUAGAAAUUGCCCAAUUACGACAGGUGCGUAGAAUGUGGGAAGACUUGCAAGAUCAAAUACGUUCCCUACACGUAACUGUACGAGUUGAAGGACAAAAUAAUAAUCGUGAAACAUCAGCUGGACAAUCUAAUAUAACUACAAACGCUGGGCCUGGGCCUUCGACUUCUGGACAGAAUUCUUCAUCAAUGUCAACAGAUUUUCAAAGCGAAUUUAUUCAAAAAUUUAACAAGACUAUUUUAGAAAAUUUUAAGAGAGAGAAUAGUGAGACUGGUAAUAAUACUAAAGUAUGUGAUCAAAAUCAACCUUCAACAUCUACAGGAAUAACAAGUUCAUCAAAAUUCGUCAAUAGUGAUUCACAAAAUCAUAAUAGCAAUAACGAUGAGACAGAAAAUUCUACUAACAUACGUUUAUCAAAUUUAUUACCAAGCGAUUCUGAAUUACGCGAUAUGGAGGCGCAUAAUUUAUCUAAUAUAUUGGAAAAUCUGUUCUCGCAAUGUCAAAAUUGUAAUCUUCCUGAUAAUUCACAAUAUACAAAUAAUGCGACAAAUGAUCAUACUUAUUCUAAUUUAACGAAUAACGAUGAAAAUGUACAGUUACCAAGUAUAUCAAGUCUUGUUUCUAAUAUUGGAAUUGCAUCUAAUUUACAAACUAUUUCUGCAAUGACUGCUACAACUUCUCAAUCACCUAACGUUUCACAUUUAGUUAAUAAUCAAGUAAAUAAUCCAAGUUCUGUUACAAAUGAAACAAUGCAGACAAGUGAUAACGUAGAGUAUUCUUCUGAAGAUGUAAAUAUGCAACUUAAUAACGAUAACAUUAAUAAUAAUGAAUAUCUUAAUACUAAUAUAGAAGAUUCGUCUAAUAUUUCGGAAAAUUUGAAUCAAAGAAUACAACCUGAGUCGUCAUCGUCGUCAAAUAAUAUCAAUUCACAAAACAGACCGCAUAUGUUUCAAAAAUUUCCUAAAUAUGGACUACCAAUGUACUUAAGAAAUUCAAGAUUAUCGCCACUGGCAGCUAAAAGAGGUUCCAGAUCACAUUCAAAUAAUGAAAGUAAUUCUCGUGAAAAUGUAAGAAGGCCAUGGCAUUCGCGUAGAAAUCCUCCUCCCAACAUAUGCGACAGUACAUCCAAUGAAAAUAGUGGUGAAAGAAAUCAAGUGCAAAGUACUUCAGAAUUUUUACAAUUAAUGAUACUUCGAUUGGAAUUUUUAGUUCGUCAACAAAGAGCUCUUGCUCAAAAUAAUAUCGGUAGGAAUUUUGAUAGUAACAAUCAAAUGGACAAUAUUACUAAUAGUGAAAAUGAAGAAAUAGAACAAAUUCGAGAAGCAACUCGUCUUCAAGCUAGACAAGUUCUUAGUUUGAUGGUAGGAGGAUUAACGCAAUUUAUUCAAAUGAACAGACCUGAAAAUGGAUCGCAAAGUAAUAUGCUUUACGAACAAAUCUAUAAGAUGUAUUUUUUACUACACUUAGCAUUAGAAUUAACGGAUUUGUUAUUAGUUCAAUUAGUAUCUACGAGACAAGAAUUAGAGUCUAGUCAGUAUGGACCGUUUGGUUCUGAUCUCUCGUCUCAGAGUAGUAAUAGAACAGAAAUACCUCGAAGUAAUAAUCUAGAUAAUCAUUUACAAACGGAUGAAUAUAAUUCGAGGAACAACGUACAAGUGGUAUCAGAAAAUAAUGACGAGACAGAAAUUUUUGAAAGAAAUAUCGAUGCUGAAAAUCCUAGAACGUCGCUUGAGAUAAAUCAAGCAAAUACAGAAGAUCUUCUUUCAUUAGAAACUAAUAGAAAUCGUCCGAACAUGGCAGAACGAUUGAAAAGAUUGUUCUUUCAUCCGCAACAACUUAAUACGGAAUCGCAAAGUAAUAAUACUAAUGAAGAACGUCAAAAUUUAAAUCAUUUAACUUCACAUGUUAACAAUUCCAUAAAUACUGAUAACACUGCUACUUUUACUACACAAAAUCAUGAGUUUCAGCAAGCAAGUACAAGCACUGCUAAUAAUUCAUCGGAACAUGCAUUGUCUGUUGAGAUACAGAAUAUUAUUGAAAGGAUUCAAAACAAUAGUUCGACUAAUACCGAUAGCUCUACAGAAAAUGAUAGAAGGCGAAGUAAUUUAUAUCCUUUAAAUAAUAGCGUUACCUAUAGAAAUAAUGGUUCUCGUGAUUUACGUGCUUCUCAUGAGACUAGUAAUACAACUGAUAUUAAUAGACAUCUUAGAAACUAUUGGCAAAAUAGACUUCUUCGGUAUUUAAAUGAUAUCGAACAAGGAAAUCCAAGAUUAAAUUCCACCAAUUGGAAUAAUUUUAUUCAAAAUGAAGAAAAUGCUAGAAGACCGUUAAAUACCGAUAGCUCUACAGAAAAUAAUAGAAGGCAAAAUAAUGUAUAUCCUCUAAGUAAUAGCAUUACCUACAGAAAUAAUGGUUCUCGUGAUUUACGUUCUUCUCAUGAUAAUAAUACAGCUGAUAUUAAUAGACAUCUUAGAAACUAUUGGAAAAAUAGACUUCUUCGGUAUUUAAAUGAUAUCGAACAAGGAAAUCAAAGAUUAAAUUCCAUCAAUUGGAGUAAUUUUAUUCAAAAUGAACAAAAUGCUAGAAGACCGUUAAGUUACCAGGGACCUGGUUUGUCACCACCAAUAAUAAGAAGAGUCUCUACACCUUCUCCUGGUUAUAUUAAUAGAUACCUUCGAAGGGAUCGUAGUAGACGUAGAAUAAUAUCUUAUAGAAAUGGAGUAUCUCGCAGACAAGAAUUAAAUGUUCCGAUUAUACGAGUUAAUGGGAUACCAUUGAACGAAUUAGGCAAUUUACCAGCAAGUCAAAGAAGGAGACACAUUACUCCGUCUCAUAUUCUUCCACCAUAUUUCAUUGAUAAUUUUCCUAAUGACGUUGAAAGAAAUGGUAAUAACAAUAACAAUAAUAUUAAUAAUAGUAAUAAUUAUAAUAAUAAUAACAACAAUAAUAACAACAAUAAUAACAACAACAACAAUAACAAUUAUAAUAACAAUAAUAAUUAUUAUCAUCAACCUGGACCAAGCUCGAUAUAUCCAUAUCAUAAUAGAACCAGGAAUCUACAUCAAAUGUUAAAUCCAAUAGUUUUGGCACAAACUAUGUGGCGUAAUCGUACAUUCGGGCGUUAUUCUGAAUUUGGUUUCAACUAUCCACAAUCUAGAAAUGCUAGUAGUAAUAUGACUGGAAGAGGAAGUGGUGGCGGAGGUGGAGGUGGUGGAGGUGGGGACGGAGAUGGUGAUGGAGGAGGAACAAGUGGUGGAGGACAAGAUACUGGAAAUGAUGAUAGCGAUGAUAUCGAUCUUGGAGAUCAUCACAUACCAGUAACUAUGACAGUUAAUAGCAUUGAAACUCAAACUUAUCGGGUUCAAGCAUGGGAUUUUUCUAAUGGUGAAAUUCCAGACCUAACUGAUCCAAAGAAAAAUAUUGUUGUGCACGAAUGUAAGAUUCAUAAUGAUGCUAGUAUUGAUAUUUCAUCCGAUGGAAAAAUGAUAACAACAUUACUGUCAUCGCCAGGAGCACAUAAUAUUGGAACAAGUCUAGAUAUAUACAGUUUGCAAUGGGAAACUUUAGGAGAAAAAAUUUAUUCGACAAAAAUAGAUCAAACGGUUGUAUCCGUAUCAAUGUCACCAACGAAGCAACAUCUUUUAGUUGGUUUAGCAUCGCAAAGAAUUCGUCCAAGAGGAUUUUUAAUGGCAUUAAUUUUCAAACUCACUGAUAAAGAAACUAAUAAAGAAAAACAAUGUAUAGUAGAACAAAUAGAUCCAGAAUAUUAUAACGAACACAGUGAUUCAUAUAGAACGGAUGAAUUUGUUCAUGGUACUGAUAAUGUGGCUAAUCCAAGAUCAAACAAUGACGACAUCAAUAGACAUGAUCAAGAUUGGCGUCAUCGUAGCAUAAGAACUGAUCUGGAUAUUAAAGAUAAUAGAAGGAAUAUGGUGCUUAUUAGAAAACUGUUGCUAUAUAUUCCAGGUAGUACUGGAUAUGUUAGUUUAAAUUGUAUAAGAUGGGCACCACAACCUGGUCAAGGAAUGGUUUAUGCUACAAACACAGGCCAAUUAAAUAUUCUCCAUUGAUGUCGUCGUAUCUGUGAGAGUGUGAUCCGAUAUUUUAUUCUAUUAUAUAUGUUAAUAAAACUAAGUUAAGUUGAUAUAUAUAUAUAUAUAUCAAUUAAAUUACUUUUUGGAAGUAAUAAAGUGAGAUUGUAGAUUUGUGAAAAGGAAAAAGAAAAAAAAAAAUUGAAAAAAAGGGAAAAAAAUUCCUAAAAUGUAUUCACGAUAUGAUAUGUGAAGAAUUAGUCAAGUAUAAUAAUAAUAUGUCAUUUACAAUUGUAAUAUCUUUUUUCUUGUAGAUUGUAAAAGAUUAAAGUAAAAGUACCGCGUGCCGCGUAUAAUAAUAUCAAUGUUCUUAUCAUAAUGAAUUUCAGCUCCGUAAUCGUAUUUUAAAGAAAAACAAUACUAAUAACAGAACAAAUGGCGCAAAAUUCCACGAAGGAGCUGUGCCUUAAAUUUUAA